GGUCUGAGCAUUCUUUUUUUCUUUUUUAUUACUAUAGGAUGGAGGAUGAAGCUGUCCUGGACAGAGGGGCUUCCUUCCUCAAGCACGUGUGUGAUGAAGAAGAAGUAGAAGGCCACCAUACCAUCUAUAUCGGAGUCCACGUGCCUAAGAGCUACCGGAGGAGGAGAAGGCACAAGAGAAGGACAGGGCACAAGGAAAAGAAGGAGAAGGAGCGAAUCUCUGAGAACUACUCUGACAAGUCAGAUGUGGAAAAUGCAGACGAAUCCAGCAGUAGCAUUCUAAAACCCCUCAUCUCUCCUGCAGCAGAACGCAUCCGCUUCAUCUUGGGAGAGGAAGAUGACAGCCCAGCACCCCCUCAACUUUUCACCGAGCUGGAUGAGCUUCUGGCUGUGGAUGGGCAGGAGAUGGAGUGGAAGGAAACAGCAAGGUGGAUUAAGUUUGAAGAGAAAGUGGAACAAGGUGGAGAAAGAUGGAGCAAGCCCCAUGUGGCCACAUUAUCCCUACACAGCUUAUUUGAGCUAAGGACAUGUAUGGAGAAGGGGUCGAUCAUGCUUGACCAUGAGGCCUCCUCUCUCCCACAGUUGGUGGAGAUGAUUGUUGACCAUCAGAUUGAGACUGGCUUAUUAAAAGCUGACCUGAAGGACAAGGUGACCUAUACUUUGCUCCGGAAGCACCGGCAUCAGACCAAGAAGUCCAACCUGCGGUCCUUGGCUGACAUCGGGAAGACUGUCUCCAGUGCAAGUAGGAUGUUCACCAACCCUGACAAUGGUAGCCCAGCCAUGACCCAUAGGAACCUGACUUCCUCCAGUCUGAAUGACAUUUCUGAUAAACCAGAGAAAGACCAGUUGAAGAAUAAGUUCAUGAAAAAGCUGCCACGUGAUGCAGAAGCUUCUAACGUGCUCGUUGGGGAAGUUGACUUCUUGGACGCCCCUUUCAUUGCCUUUGUGCGGCUGCAGCAGGCUGUCAUGCUGGGUGCCCUGACUGAGGUCCCUGUACCAACCAGGUUCUUGUUCAUUCUCUUAGGUCCUAAGGGGAAAGCCAAAUCUUACCAUGAGAUUGGCAGAGCCAUCGCGACCUUGAUGUCUGAUGAGGUUUUCCAUGACAUCGCUUAUAAAGCAAAAGACAGACAUGACCUGAUCGCUGGGAUUGACGAGUUUCUAGAUGAGGUCAUUGUUCUUCCACCAGGGGAGUGGGACCCAGCCAUCAGGAUAGAGCCUCCUAAGAGUCUGCCAUCAUCUGACAAGAGAAAGAACAUGUACUCAGGUGGGGACAGUGUUCAGAUGAACGGGGACACGCCCCAUGAUGGUGGCCAUGGAGGAGGAGGCCACGGGGACUGUGAAGAGCUGCAGCGGACUGGACGGUUCUGUGGUGGAUUAAUUAAAGACAUAAAGAGGAAAGCACCAUUUUUUGCCAGUGAUUUUUAUGAUGCUUUAAAUAUUCAGGCUCUUUCAGCAAUUCUCUUCAUCUAUCUGGCAACUGUAACUAAUGCCAUCACUUUUGGAGGACUGCUUGGGGAUGCCACUGACAACAUGCAGGGCGUGUUGGAGAGCUUCCUGGGCACUGCUGUCUCUGGAGCCAUCUUUUGCCUUUUUGCUGGUCAACCACUCACUAUUUUGAGCAGCACAGGACCUGUCUUAGUUUUUGAGAGGCUUUUAUUUAAUUUCAGCAAGGACCAUAACUUUGACUAUUUGGAGUUUCGCCUUUGGAUUGGCUUGUGGUCAGCAUUUCUGUGUCUCAUUUUGGUGGCCACAGAUGCCAGCUUCUUGGUUCAGUAUUUUACACGUUUCACAGAAGAGGGCUUCUCAUCUCUGAUCAGUUUCAUCUUUAUCUAUGAUGCUUUCAAGAAGAUGAUCAAGCUAGCACAUUACUAUCCCAUCAACUCUGACUUCAAAGUGGGCUACAAUACCCUCUUCUCCUGUACCUGUUUGCCGCCUGACCCAGUUAAUAUCUCACUACCUACUGAUGCCACCCUGCCCCCAGAGGAUUUUCCAACUAUUUCUUCUACUGACCUGUACCAUAAUGCAACCUUUGACUGGGCAUAUUUAUCAAAGAAGGAGUGCUUGAAAUAUGGAGGGAAGCUCGUGGGGAACAACUGUAAUUUUGUUCCUGAUGUCACUCUCAUGUCUUGCAUCCUGUUCUUGGGCACCUAUGCCUCCUCCAUGGCUCUGAAAAAAUUCAAAACCAGCCGUUAUUUUCCAACCACAGCAAGAAAAUUGAUCAGUGAUUUUGCCAUUAUUUUGUCCAUUCUCAUGUUUUGUGUAAUAGAUGCCCUGGUAGGUGUGGACACUCCAAAACUAAUCGUGCCAAGUGAGUUCAAGCCAACAAGUCCAAAUCGAGGCUGGUUUAUCCCCCCAUUUGGAGGAAACCCCUGGUGGGUGUAUCUGGCUGCUGCUAUCCCUGCAUUGUUGGUCACCAUUCUGAUUUUCAUGGACCAGCAAAUCACUGCUGUAAUUGUAAACAGGAAAGAACAUAAGCUCAAGAAAGGAGCUGGGUAUCACCUGGAUCUCUUUUGGGUGGCCAUCCUCAUGGUGGUGUGCUCCUUCAUGGGCCUUCCGUGGUAUGUGGCCGCUACUGUCAUCUCCAUUGCUCACAUCGACAGUUUGAAGAUGGAGACAGAGACUUCCGCACCUGGAGAGCAACCAAAGUUUCUAGGAGUGAGGGAACAAAGAGUCACUGGAACCCUUGUGUUUAUUCUGACUGGCUUGUCGGUCUUUAUGGCUCCCAUCUUGAAGUUUAUUCCUAUGCCUGUAUUAUAUGGUGUGUUCCUGUACAUGGGGGUAGCUUCGCUUAAUGGGGUACAGUUCAUGGAUCGUCUGAAACUGCUUCUGAUGCCCUUGAAGCAUCAGCCUGACUUCAUCUACCUGCGCCAUGUUCCUCUGCGCAGAGUCCACCUGUUCACUUUCCUCCAGGUGUUGUGUCUGGCCCUGCUCUGGAUACUUAAGUCAACAGUGGCUGCUAUUAUCUUUCCAGUCAUGAUCUUGGCACUUGUAGCUGUCAGAAAAGGUAUGGAUUACCUCUUCUCCCAGCACGACCUCAGCUUCCUCGAUGAUGUCAUUCCAGAAAAGGACAAGAAAAAGAAGGAGGAUGAGAAGAAAAAAAAAAAGAAGAAGGGAAGUUUGGACAGUGACAAUGACGAUUCUGACUGCCCAUAUUCAGAAAAGGUCCCCAGUAUUAAAAUCCCAAUGGACAUCAUGGAACAACAACCUUUCCUAAGCGAUAGCAAACCCUCCGACAGAGAAAGAUCAUCAACAUUCCUUGAACGCCACACAUCAUGCUGAUAAAAUUCCUUUCCUUCAGUCACUUGGCUUGCCAAGUCCUCCCAGAACUCCAGUAAAAGUUGUGCCUCAAAUCAGAAUAGAAGUUGAGCCUGAAGACAAUGAUUAUUUCUGGAGGAGCAAGGGAACAGAAACUACACUAUAACCUAUUUGUCUUUCUUACAACUAAUGGUUUUGUUGUUUAUGUUCUUGUUUUUUCUCUUUUUAUCUGUUGUUAAUUUUCUAAUAUUUGUUCUGUUUCAGUUUUUGAUCACUGGAUAAAUAACACAGCACUCUCUCUGCUUCUCUCUUGCAUAGGUAAAAUCAAAACAGUAGUGCACUGCACCUUAGAAAAGCGUCUGCAGAAUCUCUCUUUGUUCUUAUGCUCUCAGAUGUGUCUUUUGACAACUUAGUUCCCCUGUUACUCAAGACACAUGGAGAUCCUUGUCCUUUUAUUAAGCAGAGGUCAAGAGUAUUAAAGAUUUUAUAAAACUUUUUACUAAAAUUCUGAAGGAACUUAACACACUAGCUUUGGAGAUGUGCUUACUGGCCUACUUUUGUCUGGUAGAACAAACUCUAACCUCCAGAGUCCCUUCUCCCCUCAUAAAGCUCCCCAGGACUGGAAAAAGUGCUGCUAUUCUAAUUUUCUCUGGCUUGUAAGCCCUAAUCAUAGUUAUCAAAAGAAGAAAAACUAAAGGUACUUUAGUACCUUUACUAAAGUAGAGGUACUAAACAUUGCCACCAUUGUAGCAAGUGCUGGAAUGUCCCUUUUUCCUAUGCAACUUUUUUUAACCCUUUAAUGAACUUACCUGUUGAGUACUUUGAAGAAUAUUUUUCUUUCUAGAUUUUGUUGUUUAAAUUAUGGGGCUUAACAUGCAACUUAUUUUUUGUCAAUUUUUAAAACUUUUUUUAAUUACUGUAAAAAGAAUGAAUUUUUCCUGCAGCAGGAAACAUAGUUUUAAGUAGUUCUACCUCUUAUUUGUAGCUACCAGGCUUUUCUGUAAAAAUUGUAUUGUAUAUAAUGUGAUUUUUGCAUAUACACCCCCCCACAUGCACAAAAUCUCUAGGGUAAACCAGAAGGCUACAUCAGAUUUUAAAAAAAUACACCAUGUUUCUGAGCAUCCAUUUUAUCCUAUUCUCUAGAAGAAAUUUAACUUUUUUAUGAAGGCACUUGAGAGAGAAGAGAAAAAUUCUUACAUAAGAGAGUAAAUGCUGUUCUGGUAAUGAUGGCAUCUGGAUUCAGAGGCUGAGUGUAUUACUAUGUUACUGCCCUGUGCAGUGUUGUUAGGCAUUUUUUCACUUUGAAAUAUCUGUGGUUAUGUAUGUGCUCUGUGUGUGGCUGGUGCACAUAUGGGUUAAGUGAGAAAAAGAGUGACAGUAAACAGAGAACAAACUUAUUAAGCCCUGUGUGACAGUUUCUAUAAAAUACAAACCACAUGUGACAAUCACAUAAAGGGUCCAACAAAUAUAUCCCUAUGGAAAUGAAGGCAAAUAUGACUUAUUACCUGGCUGGCAGUUAUGACCACCAAUGUUGUAGCUCAUACUGUCAAAAGAAAAUCCAUAGGAAUAUUGACAGCUCACUUACACAUCCAUAAGGUUUUACAGGAGAACAAGGAUUCAAGUGAAUAUAUUUUAACAAUACUUUCACACAAUCUUUGUAAUUAGAACAUUUAAAACAUGUAUGUAUAUUAAUUUAUAUGUAUAUUUGUUUCAGAGUACCAUAUUGGAAAUUAGACCUUAUUAACCAAAUUUUGCAUGAUAUUUAAAUAUAAUGUUCUUAAUGAGUUAUAUUAUAUGUUGAAUAGGACAACAUUUUAAAUGUGGAAUCAUAAUCUUGGAUUCAUAUAACCAUAACUGUGAUCUGUCCUCAGCCAUUGGAGGACCACUAGAAACAGAUGAAACCACUCAUUUUGGCAUACUUACUGACUCCACUCAUUCUUACAUUAAUUACAUUGUAAUUUUGCCCUCUUAAUGUUAAUUUAAAAAUUUUUUUAUCCUAUUUUGUAAUAUCUCAAAACUUUUAAUUUUAUAAAAAUUAGACAAAAAUGAUCUUAAUUUUUAAAGUGACAGUGGUAAACUGUGCAUUCUAAAAUUUCACUUGCCAAAUUUUGGCAUAUUUGCACAUAGAUCUAUCUUCGAAACAAUUAUUCUGUGUUAUCUAGUUUUAUUUUACCCUAAAAGAACUAUAUAGGAAAGUGUACCCUUUCUGUUUACUGAUUGAAGUAUCCACAGAUUGUUUAAUAAUCAUAAAAUUAGUUUAAUGAAGAUAUUGUUAAGUCUAAGGCACUUUUGCUUAUUUCUUAUACAAGAUAUGUGUGUUUGUGUGUGUAUGUGUGUGUGUGUGUUUUCUGUAACAAAAAAUCAAGUAUUUGGAGAAUUAUACUCCUUUCCAUACCAGUCAAAGAGCUGCUGAAACAGUUUGGCCCCUCAUUGGAGCCUUUGAGCAGAUUGAAGGCUAUCUGCAGGCCCACUGUGAGCCAGGUAAUGUCACUCUGGGAGAAUGCCAGGUAUUUAUGUUGUAAACACAAAAGAAUAUCUUACAUUUGCUACAACAAACCCUUUCAACAUUGUGGAAUCCAGAAAAUAAUUGUUUUUUUAAAAAAUCAUUACUUUUAGAGGAACAGAGGUAGUUACCACACUGACAAACAAAAUCAAUGUUCAUGGAAAGCCAACAGAUUACCUGUAUUCUAACUGAAUUUACAGGUUAGAUAAGAAGUAAUCAACUGAACACAAGUAUAACAGGAAUUCUUAACAACAUACUUCUCUAUUUUUUUGCUCUGAUGUGCAUCUUGGAGAUAAAUGAUCAAUUUUCUUGAGGAAUAGAAUAAGUACACUCAGAGCUGUUACCCAGGAUUCCUGGCGCUGUAGGAACUGACUGGUGGGGAAAGUCUGCCUAUGAAAAGAGCAUUAAUUCUUCUGGUUUUGCAUUUAAGAGAAAAUCUAUAGAAUAUACUGUUUUCCUUGAGAAAUUCACUUUUGUCUGCUAUGUGUAUGUAACUACUUGAAAUCCUAAUUAUUUCAUAUGCCAUAAGCAGUAUUGUUCCUGCUUCUUCUUCCAGUCAAAGUUGAAGAGAGGUUGUGUAGGAGCCUUACUGACUUGAGAAGCAGGAGCAAAAACUUUCCUCUUCAGCCCUACAGCUCAAGGAAUGGGGAAAAUUAUCUGUUGUCAGUAAUCCAAUUUUUGUGAAUUUUAUGCACAUAUAACAACACACACACAGAGUGACUUUUAUCAGCUAUAUAUUGAUGUCUAAUAUGGAGAAUGAUUGUCUUCCAAGUUUUUGUUGUUUGUUUUUAACUGUGUGUUAAAGUACUUGAAAUGUAUUGACUGCUGACUAUCUGUCAAAAUCAAAAUAUUUGAGUUGUAUUACAGAGGUUGACAUUGUUCAGGGAUGGGACAGUGUUCUUCAGUCUUUUUCAUACCACUUAUGUGAUUUUGGUGUAGGAACCUGAGAUUUUCUUAUUUAUGUUCCAUGAUGGCUCACAUUGUCUCUCACACUGUGAAAUGGGGACCUAUUGACUGAGUACAACCAAACAAUGAUAGCAUUUCUCUCAGUGGUUAGGGGAAUGUUUGAAUGAUGACUUCACUGAGCACAUUUGCAGCUGGAAAUCUU